AUUUGUCUUUUUGGUUUGCAAAUUGAACAGAGUGCAGGCAUUGCCUGUGGCCUAGUGUUUCCUGAACACUAGUACUACCACCAGUUCCUGCAGGUAAGCAGGUAAAAAUCAGAACCUGAGCACUCCCUAGAGACUGCAUUGAAGCAGCUGUGGGGUUUGGGAAAUGGGACAGCAGUUUCUUAGCUCCAGGAUGACUGUUGGGAAGAUGGUAAUAAUAUGGCAGAAAGGCAAAGCCUGUAAAUGCUACUAAUACAGUUCCUAUCAGGACAACACAAAUGUAUGUGGGUCCAGACCAAAACAAUUAUAGAAAUCUAUUGUUUCCGUGGGAAUUAGGUCAGUGCCUUUUCUCCCAACAGAAAAAGCUGCAGGUAACUUCUGAUGUGACAAUCCUUCAGUCUGGCUUUUUCUUCACAAUCAAGUAGUCUUUAUUUUCUCCAGCAUCUUCAAAGUACAGCCAAAAAUAUACCCCUCUCUUGCUUCAUAGACAAGAGUCUUUUUUUGUCAGUAUUCCAAUUAUUUUGAGCUCUAUGAUACAAUAGCAUUACCACUUUCUUUGCUCUUGUGGAAAAUCUUUUUUUCCAAAAAAGCUGGAAAAAUGCUGUAGUUCCAGUCCACCCACCACCUGUUAGAAUGGGAUUACAUUACAGCAGUCAUCAAUUAAUAAUGUCCCUUGUCCUUGGUCCAGAAAAUGCAUAAUGCUGUUCUGCACCAGAAAGCUGACAGAUCUCAUUAAGAUCUGAAAACUUUUGUAUAAGAGAUUUUAUGAAAUCACAGUUUGUAGAGAUUCCCUGAAUUGAUACUUAAGCUUUUAAAUUGUAAAAGCACUAAUUAAAAUAGGGGUUUGGGGGAGAUUAGGGUAUGGGAUGGAGGAAGGGAUACAAUAGUAAAUUCAAUUAAGAAAAAACCCUACUUGCUGUGACUAGAAUGUGAUCACUUUUCAAGAAUAAAGACUGAACUGUAUUCUAAGAAUUGGGUUUCAUAUUUGUUUCUGUCCCAGCCUUGUAAGCAUGGGCUGGUUAACUUUUUUAAAAUUUAUUUUUAAAAUUUUGUUUCAGCUGCUGUGCCCAGCAGUGUUUGAGAUGUGACUCAAGAGUGUUCUCUGGUUAAAAUAAAUAGAAUUUGCCACUCACCUAAAGUUACAGCUCUACGUGGGAAGGAGAAGUGAACACAGAUCAGCAGAAGUUUGGGGUUUUAUACAAUUCUUACCUCUCUUUUGGAUCUGUCUUCAAUUGAGCAGAUUAAAUAGGAAAUGAACUUUAAGUUCUUCCUACAAGAUGUUUCACAGUCGGUUGUUUUCUUUGCAGUGGCUGUCAAAGCAUGCUCAUGCCUAUUUUGCAAGACAUAAUUUCCUGGUGCCACUUUUAUCACCAUGAAAAUUCUUUAUAAAUCAUAUUUCCUCUCUGUGUUCUCCUUUAUCUCAGGUUGCUUGAGACACCACACCAAGAUUUAUGGUCUAUAUAUUAUAAAAAUAUGUAUUUCCCAGUACAAUAAAUCAGACUGAUGGUAGCAGGAACAUUAGGAAAUUUGCCUUUUAAAAUUAAUGUUUGUGCAGAGGGAGAAUUUGAUCGACAUCAAGAAAUGUCAGACAUGAUGCCUGUCAAGUUAGACAAUAUGCAAGGUUUGCCCAAGAAUGUGUGUACUGGAAAAAUCACCAGCCCUGUGGGAUCAGACAUUGGCUCCAGCAGGUCUUCAAUAUGUGGAAUAGUUGCAGUUGGACCUGAAUCUCUUCUCAUAAGUGAAGCCUGGGAGAUCAGGAAGGCUGCAAUUUACUCACCUAGGCCCAUUAUCCCAGGGGACAAGAGGUUGCACAGCCUCACAGAAUAUUUGUGCACUCUGCUUCCUCCACUACUCCUGAGAUCCAGAGGCCACUUUGCUCAUGGAGUCUGCUCACUCUGGGAUCCUUGUGGCUGGUGGACACUUGCUUCGUGCUGGACAAGGCUGUGGUCAACCUGGCCAAGCACAAAGCUGUCUUCCAAAUCCUCUGUCCCCACCAGUUGUGUACUGCCAGCUUCUGCAGGGUUUGUUCACCUGGGUUGGAUUCCCCAACUGCUGGAGGAUGUGGGAUGAGAUGCAAGUCAGAUGUAGCUGACUUAUAGAUACACCAUACAGAAGAGAGAUUUUCUGGUGUGAAGGGACAGAUAGACUUUAGACGAUGACUCACAGUCACCACGUUGAGCUUCUCCAGCUGAGUAGGUUUUGCUGGUAUUUUCCAGAACUCUGGCAUUUCUCCCUACAGCCAAGCAAGCAGACUGUCCUCCGUGAGUAUGUGGCUACUGACAGUGUCAGGGUGUCCACCUACCUCAUGUGCAGUAGGUAUAGUGGGAUGGGGCCCUCCCUGUCACUUUUACACAGCUCAUUACUCCUUCAAGCAGCAGAUGCUGCUCACAAACUGAAACCAAAGGACAAGGAAAGCGUUCUUGUAAGGACUGGCAGCACCAUAGCUGGAAAAUACCAGUAUUACAGAGAUUCUGUCUGGUUACAGUCAGUGCUUCACUCCUGCUUCCCUCAAGGUUUUCUUACUUUUUCCACUCCAGUAACUCAAACACAUUUUCUGUGAGCCACAUAGGUCCUUCUUCCUUCCCUUCUUUCUUCAAUCUUCUUCCUUCCCUGAGCAUCUGCCAGACAGCCCUAGGCUGGGGAGCAAUCUCCCCAAGUUCUGGGUGAGAGGAUGGAAAGAAAGGGAUUUCUUCAGUUCCAUAAGCAGAUUUUCCUUUUUGUGAACGUGCUAUCUCCCUGAAGUCCUACUUCAGAGAAACUUCCCUCCUAAAGAGGCUCUUCUGGCACCACACCUUGUGCCCCAGUCAGCAUCCAACCAGUUCCUGCAGUUUUUGACCCCUCUUCUUUUGUUCUCAUUUCUCAUGUUCCUGCUUCAGGAGGUCAUGGUGAAAAAGAAGAAGCCAGUAAACCAGUCAAGUUGUCCCUGCAUAAACCUGGCUUGUAACUUUUUGAAACUGCUCCAACAACAGACGGUAAUGGCCAGGGGAGUGCAGAGUGCCAGGGCUGUGCUCAGCUGUGAGUACCUGGCAAGGACAAAAUCCUUCAGGAGGAGCAGGUGUGCUGCCUAACACUGCAGUUGUACAUGCAGGGACUUAGUGCAGCUGUCAGAAACUCAGCCUUGUUUCUGUGCAGGUAUUGCUGCUGUACAGACAGCUAAGGAAUAUGUUUAUCACUCCAAAAUUGCAUUUCUUUGUGGGAUAGUGAGGUAAUUCUACAAAAUUCCCCUAGCUCAAGGCAGUAUCCACACUGAUGCUUGUCCCUCAUCUGCCACUGUGUCAGUCGCCUGAAAACAGCCCCCAAACCUCUCUUCUCCCUCCCACAACAUGGCUGUCCUCCUCCAUGCACUUCAGCUGCAAGCUGUUCCUAGGGAAUUCUCCUGUUGACAAAAUCAUGUACAGCUCCCACAGAUGUUGGCCAAAAUCCUGUUGGGCAAUCCUCUUCAUGUCAUGUGCUGCAAGUUAAAGGGAGGCUGUAUCAUGGCCCGCGAAACACAGGGGUUUUUCCAUAGUGGCUUCUAGACAAAGUCAUGUGCACCCUGUGGCCUAAAAGGGACUCUGGACUCUGACACAAAGCAGAAGGCACAUCAAUCUCACUGCACAGAUGGGCUGUAAGUGUCUGCCUCUUGGGUAGCUUGUGAUUCAGCUUAAUAAAAGAAGAAAAGAAUGCAAGUGAAGAGUAAGCAGCGGAAAAUAAUGAAAAAUGAAAGCAGCGCAGUGUGACCUGAAGAUACCUAAGCCUGUAACAGAAAACACAGGUCUUGCUUUGAAUCCAAACUGAGAAGAAGAGUGGAUCUGGAAAUUGUGGGCCUCUCUGUGACUCUUCCAUAAUGUGCAGGAGGUAGUACCAACCAGGACAUCAUCCUAGCUCUUAGUACACUAUCUGAUGACAGUAUGUCCUGACUGAUGUCCUGUAACUUGCUGAGCAAGAAAUGCAUUUUAGCUUUACCUUCUCUCUUUUCUAGGCAGAGUUCUUUCUCCCUUUAACCUGAGAGAGAUGGUAUUAGUCCUCAUUUAUACAUAUUAUUGCAUAUUUGCAUAACCCUGGCUUUACAUUCUGUGCCAUACAGAGUAGAAAUACAGAACAGUAUCCCCAGUGGGGACUUGGCACUAAUAAAUAUGUUAAGAUGUAUAGAGAACAGAUAUCUGCUGUAAAGUGAAUCAGAUGAAGUUUUGUCUAUGUAAUUUAGAACAUCUGAGGCAGACCGCGUUCACUGUAAUCCAGAAGUCCAUUCACAGGAGAGGACAAUGGGGUGCUAAAGCCUGAGCCACUUUGAUUCUUGGUGGUUGUUAGGUCACUGUACUGAGUUCUCCCUCGGGGGAGUUGGAUACAGAACUGAACAGUGACAUUUCUUCUGCCUGUUUGUAUGUUUUGGCUGCUACUGCCCUUCCAUGAAUCUGCAGUCUGCUAGCUUUAUCUGUUUGUGACAUUCCAGGAUUGUUUUCAGAUUUUUGAACCCAGGAAAAAUGAAAACUGAAAUGUGACAGAGGUACUGUGUAGAGAUGGAAGGGACUAGGGGGUCCUCACUUUUUAAGAGGCAAACAUAUGUAGUGGAAUUUCUUGCAACUAACAGCUUCCUAUAAUCAUUGCAGUGGAAAGUCCAUCUUUGAAAAGGAAGCUUAAACAAUUCUGCCAAAAACAUCACAACAAAGUUUUCCAAGUUUCCAAAAUAUGAUGGAAAAUAUCCUUUGGGGUCAACAAGCUGAACUGCAAGCCCUUCCCAGGGCUGUGACCAGAAACACAGAAAGAUGGGUCCAUUCCAAGAGAGCUUGCUGGGAUCUGAAGCAGCACGGGAAGACGCCCCAGGCGAGCUGCUGUGGCUGGGGGAGCGGCACUGUCGCGGAGAGGGUGGCAGCUGCUCCGGCAGCGCUGCCAUGGCCCGAGCACAGCUCAGCUCCUGGCUGCUCCUGUGUGUGUUUGCUGCAUCCCAGAGGCUGACAGAUGAACACCCUCCCAGCGGCACCAGCAGAGCCCGUCGCGGCCCAGAGGACGCUGGCAUCAUGUUAGAGAUGCUCUGGGGAAGGCUGGAUAUUCAGGCCAACGGGACGAUCCGGCUGCGGGAUGAAGAGCUGGCCUCCCUACGCCCGGCACGGCGCUUCCUGCAGAUUUUAGAGGAGGAAGUUCCCAAAACACCGGCAGAGAUUGAGCAGCAUCUGAGAUAUUAUUCACUGACGGACACUCCCUUGCCUCCGACAGAGUUUGACCGUCUCCUUUUCACCAGUGUUUACAGUGCCUAUCAGGUUCGCUCUGUGCAGGGUCUGGAUAAAACCCCCUGGGUUGGCUUUUUCUCUCAGCUGGUUGAUGAAAUCUUUCGUGACCUGUGCAAGGGGCUCUGCCCUGCAAAUACCACUCUCCUCCAGGCUUCCUGGCCUUGGAAGGAGAAGCCUUCACAUUUAGCAUCCCUGAAACAUUUCUAUCGCUCUAACCUGGCCAGGACCAAGAGAGAAACCUAAUGAGGGAACCCCACUGUAGGACAGGGCACACCUGGCUUCAGCUGCCUCCUUGGUUAUUUUCAAUUCUUUCCACAGUGUCCAGGACUUGAAUAAAUAUGCCACACCUUUUUAUCCAGCUUUCUACACUGUGCUGGUAACCCUAUCAGGAUUUAUGCACAAGCUUUUAUUUUUAAAGGAAAAAAGGAUGAAACUGUAAAGAGCAUUUCUCCUUUUUCUGACUUUUUGCUAAGUGGGCUGUGCUGAAGGGGAAAGUGCUAUGUAGAUGUCUUAUCUAUCUUGAUCACUGAUGCUUAGGAGAGAUGGCAUGGAAGUAUUUUUCCAGGAUAUUAUGCUGGUGUCACAGCUGACUUAAUUUCAGAUAAUUCCAUUCACUCUCCUUGUAUUUUCCCAGUGGUUUCAGACAAAUACAAGAUCUUCUCUCCAGUAGCAGCUAAGCAGGUUUUGUUGUGUUUCAUGAUAUAGGUCACAUAUUUAAUUUCAUUUUUGUCCUCAUGUAGCAUCAUAUUUCAUGUGUCAACAGCAAUUUCCCAUCUCAAGUAUUCAUUUUUCUUUAAAAAGCAACCUGAAAUUGUAUGUAUUCCAUGAAGCUUUCUAGUAUUUGCAUAUCAUAUUUACACAUACACACAACUUUGUUUCAGUUAUCAUUUUGGAAUAUACUUCCUAAAAUCUCAUUUAAAUUCUGAAGGAUCCUGACCUAGUUAUUUCUUCAGCAGAUUUUGCCUCUCUUCUGUAAAGUUUUUUUUGUGCAGCCAUUGCAUUUUACAAGCCAAACAUAAUAAAUACAUAUUCUCUAUCUUCAAAAUCAGAAAUAGAAUUAUUUUCAGAAAGACAUCAUUAACAUUUGUCUGUCUUAAACACUGCAGUGUGGAAUUAAAUAAAUGUAAUUAUCUCCUCAGGAGGGUUUUGAUUUUGGUUCUUGUUUCUCUCAGAUUUCCUGCUACCACUAUAGGUACAUCAAUUUUGAACAUUCAUUGCACGUGCUUAGAUGAUGGGAUCUGUAAUUCCCUUUCUAUCAAUAUAAUUUUCCAUGUUCAACAAAAGAGGCAUGUGUGACCUUCAAAGUGGGAGGUGCAGCUUCUGACCUAGUUAAUCUUUUUCCAAGCCAUUGUAGCCCAACAGAUGGAGAGGAGAAAUGGUAAGGCAGGAACAAGAAGCCUGGAAGCAAGAUGUUGCAGACAAUGGUUUUAGAGGUCAGCUUAGGAUUAUGACAGAAGGACAUAGAUUUAAAGCAGGUUUUUUGUUGCUGGAUUUUUGUUUUGUGUGUUUGUUUAAUUUUGGUUUGUGCUUUGGGGUCCUUUUUGUUUGUUUCUUUGUUUGUUUUUCACCCCAAAGAAUACAGGAAUUAAAAU